UCUACUUCUCAGUUACGUAUGGAAUAAGGACUAAAACCAUUUAUUUAUUUAACCCAAUCGACUGCCGAUUCCAAUUCGUUGCCAAUGGCAGCGACAGCAAACACCGACGGCGGCGACGACAACCUCAACCCCUUAUUUUCACUGCAACACAACGAGCUCAUGGCUGCCCAUUCCCUCGAUUCCGAUCUCGACUUUGCCUUCCAUCUACAACUACAAGAAGCCCUAUCCGCUUCCCUUUCGCUCGACACUUCCCAACCACCGCCGCAUCUGCCUCCCCAGCCAUCUAUUCAAAGUGACUCCGUAUUCUCCUUAACGUCCCAAGAGCUAUCGAAAUUCCAACAAGAAUCGAUCGAUCAUAAGUGCUUCCUCCUCGAAACCCAGAAACUCAAAGAAGACCUCAAGCGUCGAGUCCACGACGAGAAAUUCGCGCGUCGGAUUGCGGGAAUCCCGGAAGAAGAUUGGGCGGACUGGGGCGAUUGCUUUGAACGCCCUUUCGGUGAAGGCUGUUCUAAGGACCAGCGUUUGGAUGGAACCGACAGCGAACUGGAAUUCGUCGAUGAUGUUUCCGACGACGAUGCGUGUGAGUUUCGUAUUUACUUUAAGGGGCUGAUUAGUGAAGAAAAGGUUAGAGACAAGGCGUCGAAUUGCGCGGGUAUCGGCGUUGCGAUUUGUGAUUUUAGGGAUAAUUUGAUUUUGGAAAUUACGAAGCCUUUAAUUGGUGUUGGGUUGAGCAAACAAGCGGCCGAGCUUAAGGCGUUGAUCGAAGGGCUUAAUGCUGCUUUGUCUUUGGAGCUUGAUAGGGUUGAAUUCUGCUGUGAUUAUUACCCCAUUUAUCAAUACGUUACUAGGAGAUGGCAACCAAAGCAGAGGAAGAUUUCAAUGUUAGUUAAUCAAGUAUUACUUCUUCAAAGAAAAUUUACUUGUUGCAGCCCUACACUUGUGGCGCGUAAUGAUAUUAAAUAUGCAUUUAAACUUUCAAGGGAAGCAAUAGUAUCUCAGGUCUCUCGGCCUGUAGAGAAAAAUGAAAGCAAGACGGUGAAAGAGACUUGCAUUAUAUGCUUAGAAGAUGUUGAUUCUGGGAGCAUGUUUUCAGUCGAUGGAUGCAUGCAUCGAUACUGCUUUUCUUGUAUGAAACAGCAUGUGGAGGUGAAGUUGCUACAUGGAAUGGUGCCCAAAUGUCCUCACGAGGGCUGUAAGUCUGAGCUUAUUGUUGACAGCUGCAGAAAAUUCAUGACCCCUAAAAUGAUGGAGACAUUGAAACAACGAAUGAAGGAGGCUUCAAUUCCUGUCACAGAGAAAGUUUAUUGCCCAUAUCCUAGGUGCUCAACCUUAAUGUCAAGAAUUGAGAUUUCAGAAUAUGCUAAGGAUGCACUUGUCGGAAUUGAAAGAUCUGGUGCCAGGAAAUGUCUUAAAUGUCAUGGCCUUUUCUGUAUCAACUGCAAGGUUCCUUGGCACAGUAGCAUGACAUGUGAAGAUUACAAAAUAAAGAAUCCCCUUCCCGCAGCAGAAGAUCUUAAGCUGAAGUCACUUGCGAGAAUGAAUUUGUGGCGCCAGUGUGUGAAGUGCAACCACAUGAUAGAACUUUCUGAGGGUUGCUACCACAUGACUUGCAGAUGUGGGAAUGAGUUUUGCUAUAAUUGUGGUGCUGAGUGGAAGAACAAAAAGGCAACUUGUUCUUGUCCACUUUGGGAGGAGGAUUUAAUUUGGCACGACAACAGAGACUCUGAUGAAGAGGAAGAGGAAGAAUACUCUGAUGAAGAGGACGGUGACUGGUCAUGAAUCUAAUCCUUUUCACCAUACUCUUCCCCCACCCUUACAUCUCCUCUCUCGGACCAAUCCCAUACUUGGUGAAUUCUCUCACAAUUUAUGUUUGUACAGUGUUUCUUUGCAUAUGCAUUGUUUUUAUCCAGGUUUUUAUUCCAUUUGGAAGAAUGUUUUA